UAAGAACACGCGAGGCGAUAUUUAAAUAAUUUUGGUAACACCCAAGUAGUGCCAACAUCCUGAAGAGUUAAACCAUGCCGCAUACACAUACGCGUCAUGGAUCAUCCGGUGAUGAUUUAGGCAGCACGGACGAAGUAAAAAUAUUUAAGGAUGAAGGCGAUCGUGAGGAUGAGAAAAUAUCAUCCGAGAACCUUUUAGUCGAAGAAAAAUCAAGCCUCAUUGAUUUAACAGAGAGUGAGGAAAAGGGCAGCAAGACAGUGACGAGGCCGGAUCACAGUCCAGUAUUUAAUAAACUCGAGCCACAUACACCAACAUUCAAUAUGGGAUAUCUCGUGUCACCGUACUCAUAUGCUAAUGGUGCGCCCGGUGGACUGCCGGUAACUAUGGCAAAUAAAAUUGGACUACCUCCUUUCUUCUGUCACAACGGAGACCCACUUUCAACGCCACCGCCUGCACAUUGUGGAAUACCUCCUUAUCAGCUGGAUCCUAAAGCAAUAGGUCUUACUCGUCCUGCCUUAUAUCCAUUUGCUGCCACCCAAUAUCCUUAUCCGAUGCUAAGUCCUGAUAUGUCUCAAGUAGCUUCAUGGCACACGCCGUCGGUUUACUCAGCAUCUAGUUUUAGAACACCCUAUCCCUCCUCAUUACCAAUUAAUACAACGCUACCGAGCGACUUCCCAUUUCGAUUCUCACCGAGUCUGUUGCCUUCCGUACAUGCGACAUCUCACCACGUUUUAAAUUCCCAUCCAUCGAUUGUGACGUCUAAUUCCAAACAGGAUUGCGGCGUACAGGAUUCCACAACGAACAAUCGAUAUUCAAGAGUGGAGUAUCAAACAAAAUUUAAAUGUCUCGACCAUGGGUGGAGUUAUUAAACUCUGAAGUGAAUGUAAA